CCCCAGAGCCACUGGCGCUUCCCAGCUCGGCUCCGAAGAUGGCGGAGCAUGCUGUCCGCGGUGGCAGCGGCAGCACAUCCUUGCGGGGUCUGAGGGAACGCAUGGUUGCUGAGGCGCAAGCAAUUGCCAAAGAAAGACGAAGUCAGAGUGGAGUUUGUUCUUUGCCCGCUCAUUCACCAAAUAUAAGAUCAACAGUUAAACCUGUUAUAGAUGGCUCUGUGCUUAAAAAUGAUAUGAAACAAAAGUUAGCAAAGGAGCGCAGAGAAGAAAGAAAAAGACAAGAAGAAGCCAGUAAAGAACUACAACUACUUGAAAAAGAAAGAAAGGCCAAGCUCCAGUAUGAAAAACAUUUGGAAGAAAAGCAACGAAAGCUAAGGGAACAAAAAGAGAAAGAUGAGCGGCGAAGAAUAUCUGCAGAAGAAAAAAGAAAACAAAAAUUAGAGGAAGAAAGGGAAAGAUAUAAAGCUGUUCUUUCUCGUACUUUGGAACGGAGUAAUCAUAUCGAUCAUCGGCAAAAGAGAUGGUCAUGGGAAGGCUCUACCAUGAUGAAUUCUGAAAACAAACUCGGAAAAACAGAAAAUAAGAGAAGCUCAUCUUUGAACAGAAGAGAGAGCAAAAUGCAUUCCUCUAAUGCAACAGGACAUAUGGAAGAUAAGCUGGCUCAUCGCUUUCAUAAUAAUACUCCAGAGAAUAAUUUAAUCAGUCAUCUACUCAUCCCAACAAAAGCAUCGGUGGCCAGAAGCAAGAGUGCUGCUUCAUUAUCCAUCCCAGGAAAAGAAAAUACAGGCGUCACCAAAAAGUACCUACUCCAGUAUGUACACACACCGCCCUUGAGGAGCCAUAGUAGCGAACAAUUGAAGACUUCCAGCAUGCACAGCAAGUCAACUGAGAAAAUACCUCCACAGACAAAAGUAGACGCUGCUCCCCUGGAGAAAGUGGAAGCACCCCUCAAGGCAAAAGUGAAAGCGUCUCCCACAGCAUCUUCUGCAGCAAGCAGGGAAGAACUCCCCAAGGUGAAGCUGGAGUCCGCCCCCCGGGUGAGUGUGGACGCGACCCCUGGUGCGAGCAUGGACAUGACCCUCAUGGUGAGCUCGGAGGCAACCCCCGAGAUGAGCAUGGACACAGCCCCCAGCUUGAGCUGGGAGGCGACCCCAGGAGAGAGCACAGACAUGCUUACCGAAGUGAGCAGGGACACAUCCUCCGAGGUGAGCAUGGAAACCUCUUCCCUGACCAGCGUGGAAGCAUCUCCGGUGGUGAGCUUGGACACCUCCCCGGAAGUGAGCACAGACGCUUCCCCUGUGGCAAGCAUGGACUUCUCUCCUGAGGGGAGCGUCAAAGCCUCCCUGGAGGGUAUGCAGGAGCUGCCUGGAGCAAGUGUGGAAGCUCCCUCUAGGGCGAACACAGAAGCAGGGCCCAAGACAAGUGUGGAAGAAUCACACGAGGAGGGUGGGGCAGCCCCUCCUGAGGUGCUGGUAGAAGCAACCCCCCAGGCGAGUGUGGAAGAACCCCCUAAAGAGCCCUGCAAGAAACCAGAAGUAGACAAACAGACCUCAAACCCUGUUAGCAAGAAGCGCCCGUUGGGGAACAUACCACGUUACAAAUGGCCUUCAUCUCCUACAAAGGAGAGGCAUCCACCCUCACCCAUAACUACUAUGCAGAAUCAGAAGAACCGCCCCCCUUCACCUUUACCAGGCUUAAAACAGCCAUCACAGUCUCCAUCCCAUAAAAUAAUACCCAUCCAACGUACUCUGUUUGUGCCAAAUGCAUUGGGUACUUUCAAAAAGAAAAGAGAAACUGUUUCUAAAACUACAAAUGAAUUUGAGGCUGUGAGCCAAAAGCGUGCGAUUCACGAAGAGUCUGGUAAUAAAAGCACACCAGGAACCAUGAGUGCUGAGGAAGCAACAAAAAUUUUGGCAGAAAGGCGCCGUCUUGCUCGGGAACAGAAAGACAAAAAGGAAGAAGAGAGACUCCAGAAAGAAGUGGAACCAAGGAAAGCGGCAGAUGUGUCAAAGAAGGUGGAGGAAGCCCAAGUUGAAGAGUUCUCAAAAUGUGAAGAUAGGCAACAAGAAAAAGAGAUUGAAAAGAGCAAAGGAUAUCCGCCUCAAGAAGACCAGAGAAUAAUGCAACAGAAAGGGGACACAAAAAUAAAAGCUCACGAAGAAGCUGAUAAACGCAAGAAGGAACACGAGAGAAUUAUGUUACAAAACCUACAAGAAAGAUUAGAAAGAAAAAAGAGAAUUGAGGAAAUAAUGAAGAGGACAAGGAAGACCGAUGUAAAUGCCUCCAAGGCUAUGGAAAUAUCCAGCAAUGACACAACUGAAGAAGAUGAGGCUGAUGAUGAGGAGACGGAAAGUGAUGAGGACUCCCUUGAUGACAUGUUUACAUCAGGCAUCGGAAAUGGCAGAGAUUCAUCUACCAAACUCACAAUGCCUUAUAAAAAUGCCACAAGAAUGCCUCAAAAGCAGGCGGUUUUACAGGCCAAAACUGGUGAGGUAGAUAAGGAGCAGACAGCAUACUUCAAUGGUGAUGUGAAAACCUUCAGACAGGAGGACCCAACAGACUCUUCGAAUGACGCAAAAGGCUCAGGACCAUCUACCAAAAGAACGUCCACUCGCACAGAAAAACCCAGCAAAGUGAGGGAAGCCUCCACCAGCACCCUAUCCACCCAGAGUGUCACCACAAAUCAGGAGCGGAUUUGUGACCAGGGUUUUGACUUUGCUAGUCACAACACCAAUGCCGAGUCACCUGCCACCGAUAGCACUGCUAAUAGCUACAGCCACAAUCUGAGGGAUUCCAUGGCUUCUCAGCAAAGUUCUUCAACGCCUUCAGACUCUGAGGAAAGGAGCGAGCCUGUCAGUACUCAGUCUGAUGUGUAAACCUCGUGUGGCCUGGACAAUGGUUCAUCUUCCACUCUGGAUAAACUUCCCACGGCCAUGUCUCAGAAUUUUCCUGCUUUGUGCUUGAACUCAGCAAAGGAAAUGACCAUUAAAAACAAGGGGAAACAAGACAUCCGAAGGCCACUUUACCAUCUGUCUUAGAAGAUACCCAUAUCAUCUCAUUUUCUUGUGAGUUCUGAGUAAAAAGACAUCUUUGUUUUUUUAAAAAAAAAUCCCCAUUAUCUCUCCUGUGUUUUCCUACCAAUGUGUGUGCUUAAGUGAUUGUACACCCAGAAUGUUUUUUGUGAAUGAUAACAAUCAAAUUUUAAAAGAUUCCUGUGGAAGGGACAAUCCUCUUUUCAGUGUAUGUUUAAAACUUUAAUGUUUUUUCUGUUUAAUGACAUCAGUUUUAACAACAGGAAGCUCAUUUUGAUCUUGUUAAGAACCAAAUAGAUUCUGUGAGGCUCAGGAUUGCUCACAAGAGCUGUGUCAGAUUGUUGCUAGUACACAGAUACUGAAGGUUGCAUGAUACAGUCACAUUUCACCACGGCACACGUCUAUUUCGUUCUGCUGACUUUAGUGCCUGGCAGCCAUACCCCCAAAUGCUGGGCGUCCUGAAGGCCUCAUCGUGCAACAGCAUCCAUCACUAUCAUCAGUACAUCAUUUCCUUUGGAAGUACAUACUGGGACUUAACUACAAAAACAGGGAUUAUUUUUGUUAUGUACACAAAGCAGUGCUUAGCUGCUGUCUCCUGGUGGUGUUGAAGUCCCCUAAAUGCUGAACAUUUAUCACCUUUUCCUGUCUGUUCUCCUCAGUCCUGUCGUCCUUCAGCAUGCACUCAGGUUUGGGAUAUGUUACGAAAAUGUGCUCACUUUUCUCAGCACUGUCUGCAAGUGAGUACGGGGGCAGCAUUACUCCUCAGUGCCCCUGAGAAGCACAUGCAUGCCUACACACACAUGCAUAACACACACAUGCAUGCACACACCAGGCAUAUGAUUCCAUAAAGCUGGAAUAAUGCAGAUACCUUGUCCUAAUGCUAAUGAGUUUCAUAGUGUUGACUCACAGAGUUUGAAGUAGACCAGUUAUUCCUUCUAGCCACCAGUCUUGGAUUUGUAAAAGGAGAUAAUUAUUCUUUCUAAUCCUUCGUUGUUUGCUGCCUUGAGUACUGUACCUUUGUUAUAGAUUAGGGCAGGAUGCCUUAAGUUUAAAAACUAUUUUUAUACACUAGCUUUCAUAUAUAAGGCAGAGACAAUCACCCUAAAAAUGAAGUUCAGAUAUUUUUCUGCAGAGAUGACAGGUGUUGAAACGCUGUUACAGCUCUCUGUGAAUGUGUGCUGUACGAAAUAAACUUGCAGAUCAAACCCA